AUGAAUUCGAACGUUUUAGAAAAACUAGAAUAUCUUGAUCAAACAUCGCAUUUUCUAAUAAAUGACAGCAUGCCUUUGUCGUCGUUGAUCAACACCCCUUAUAGAGUGUACAAGUCGUUUUAUGAUGCUAUAGUGACGCAGUAUGUUACUUCGCUAAGCAAUCCGGAGCUGUUGCCUUUAAAUACGGAGACGUUUGUGAGUUCUGUGGGGUAUUUCUUUAGUAGUUAUGCUGUGGGAUGUUUCUUUAUUGCGCUAGUUUUGAGCCGGUUGUCUGCGAUGUCGGGUCUUCGGUCCAAUACAGUGAGGACGAAUAUUCCAAACUGGUCGCGGAUUAUGCUUCACUUAAUUGCUACUUUUACUAUUAUAUAUGGGUUGUUUGGUGUUUUGGUUCAGUAUGAACCUGGGGUGAUUGCGGAGAGUUUUAAGCCUAAAGAGAUUGGGGCGUUUCUACCGGAGACAUAUGUAAUAUUCACCUUAUCGCAUUGUAUUGAGACUUUCCUUUCUAUCACGACGAAUGGCAAACCUCUAGAGGAGUCUGAUUAUACGAUAUUUGAGCUUUCAGCGCAAUUUUAUGGCAUGACAAAGGGUAAUGCUACUGUGCACGAGUAUGGGCCGGACUGUGUGAUGGCUCUUAUGGGGCGUUUGAUCAUCCACUUGGUGGAAGUGUUCAAAAAGCGGCAUUGGAGGUUAUGUUGUUCUACACUUUUAAACAUGGGCUUCAUAUGGGUUUUAGCCCGUGAAGUCCAGCAGCAUGGGUUGGGCUCCCUAUCGCUUUUCACCAAGUGUAAACACUUCCCCAAGUUCUUUUCUGUGUUUAUCAUUGUCGUGUCCAUGGCAUGCUAUAUGUUGGCCUGUAUUGUCAGAUGGAAUCCAGGCCACAGCACAGAAACUUCCUCGGUAGAGGACUUGCAGUUUCAUUCGUUCGUAAGCAACUGGUUCAAGAACUUGAACCUCACGGGAGAGGAAGAGUUCAGCAACACAGUGAUGAGAUUGGCCGUUCUGCUCUGCAACCCUGACCAUUACAAAGAACAUGGGCUACACAGAGAACUCCCGUCUUUGACGCCUGCAACGUCGCUACACAAGAGCUACAUGAUUAGCAGCUAUAUGAAUAAGAUGUCCAAAAUGCCUGAUACAGUUGCAGGAAACAGAAAAACCGUCAACUCACGUUCCAGGUCUUUCGCGCUCACAAGACUCUACUGGCUCUUUGGUGUAAUUUCAGGCUUGCUAAAGCGCUUCAGAAGCCUACUAAGGAUUUCGUCAGGGACAUCUCAUGAGUAUGAAAACAAACAGAAGAGCACUACAAACUUCAAUGAUUACGUCAAUGAGAAAAACUACACCAAUUUCAUGACCGCAGAAAAUGAAGAUAGAUUUAAGUUCUUGUUGCCAGAGGAAGAUAGCUCAAAAGACUAUGUGACUGAUGAUUGCGAAGAAAUUGACGAUGAAGACGAAAACGAAGAUAGUGACGAUUUACUAUACGAUGAUUCCGAACCUGAAAGUGAAGACCUACAGAAUGUCCUUCAAGAAGUCAUCUCGCCACAAACCAUACUAGAAACGAUCCGUUCUUCCCCUCGUGACCUAGCUUGGCAUUUGUCAAUGUGGACCAUACUAAACUGUGAGCUUUCUUGCGAUAAAAGGUUAACUAGAUCGCAGUACGCGAACAUGAACGAAAAAGCUAUAAUGAAUGAAGUGAUACUGCAGCGUCGUUUGGAGCUCCAAUCAUCAUCUUCAAAAAAUGUAAAGGACCCCAUUGAUGAAGAUGAACUUGAUAUGGCCUGCGUAGUUUGCAAAACAAAUCAACGCAACAUCGUUCUCUGGCCUUGCCGCUGCUUUUCUCUCUGUGAGGAGUGCCGCGUAUCGUUAGGAUUGCGAGGGUUCAAGACGUGCGUCUGCUGUCGCGCAGACGUUCAAGGGUAUAGUAGAUUAAACGCCGUUUAA